AUGGUCAACCAAGUGCAGGGUGAGUCUCCUGCUCCAUCCCACUUCCCAAUUCCUCCCUCUAGUCAGGGAGGCACUCUGCGCUCUUCGCACAGAGUGGGUUCUAGUUCCCAGAGUGCUUCUGCCUCGCCUGUUAGCAGCAAUGCUAACUUGUAUUUGGGUUCAGGCGUUAUUCGACGCGCUGUCUCCCCCACGUCCCUGGCCGCAGCCGCUGCUACUGUUUCAGAUGCAGCUGGCAAAGUCGACCUUCGCUACGGAGCCUUGUCCAUGGCUACCUCCGUAGACGAUGUUUUGGACGUCAUCCCGGGUCCCUACCGGGAUUCCCUUCGUGUUCCCCUCCUAGAGCUUCGCAAGAAGCAGGAGAAGUUGGUAGCGGUCAGGUUGUCUGUGGCACAACUUGAUGCGCACCGACGUGCGGACACCCUUCCUCCCCACAUCGCGGGGAUGAAGCUAGCCUUGCCGCAGGUAUCGGCAGAAUGGGCUAAGGGAGAGGUCUAUCAGGCGUGGGCAGACGAGCGCCAGAAGGCCUUUAGACAGGAUGUGCAGUGUACGCUUCGAGAGGCGUGGUACGAGCAGCGCGUCCUGGAGAUGAACUAUCUCGAAACUCAGCUGGCUAUGGAAACCGUACUACCACCAAUCGCUAAGACCAUCGGUGAGCUAUACGACGACCUAGCGACUCGCAGCAAGGACGCAAAGUGGGAGUCUGUGACUGUUGAAGGACAGACUACUCCUAGCGGCCACGCUGUGCAGGAGAGUCGCAUUGCUGGCUGGACUCCGAACCCUGUCAUAGCGUCGGAGUACAAAACCCUCAUGGCUGCACUUGGUCGAAUCUGCAACGCCGUCAUCACCCUCGAGUUGACAAAGGCACGCCGCGCAGCACAGAUUCGCCAAAAGAAGGCAGUUAUCAAGGAGACCGCAGAUGUGGAAAUGGGCGAAGCAUCUAGCAGCACAGCGGCCAUGCAAGCGGAGGUUCAACGAGCCGUCGCAGCUUCCUUAGAAAAAAUGGGGUAUCGCAAGGUGGGAGAUGACGCCAAAUCGCUGUAUAAGGGGAAGAAGAAGUCCGCUCGUAUCUCCACGGGCGGAAAACCGCCAAAAGCUUCAGGGAGUGGCACGCAGGCUGCAAAGGCAACGUCUGCCAAGCAACAGGCCACCCAGAAGAAGAAGCAGGCGGAGUCCUCAGACAGGAAGGGAAAAGGGAGGGCGCGAGAUUGA